UCUUCGAGGGCCUCCCCCGCCCUUGACUUUUUCUGGUGUUUGCGUCGGUGGGGGGAGGGUGGCUCUCACCCUGCCUGAUCGCUCUGAGACCCGGUCUAUCGGCUUCGUGGGUUCUGGUGGAGGAUGGAGCGCGGCAGGUUUCUGGCUGGCCUGAUGCUGGCUGCCCUUCUCGCCCACGGGAGCCCCGUACAGAUCCUUGUAGAAGAACCUGAGGACAAGGUGAUUUUGAGUUGCAACGUCAGCGUCACACGGCUGUGGGGAACGGAGGGGGAACCUCUCCUGAACAACAAAAAUCUGGACUUGGGCAAACGCGUCCUGGACCCUCGGGGACAGUACACGUGUGGGUUCUUUAACGAGAGCAUCACAAACAGCAUGCAAAUAUAUUACCGAAGUAGGUGCCUCCCGAGCCUUUGGGUUGGGGUGCAUGGGGCCUCUGGGUGUGAGAACUUUCCCCCUGUGGGUGCUGUGGUGGACCCGUCUGUUCUCUCAACAAACCAGGCUCAGUCUUACAGGGGCCUGAGCCAGGUUUCGGGCCUCAGGACUGGAGAGAGCUUAGCUGAUGGAGAAGAAGCGGGAGGGGCCUUGCGAGCCAAGCAGCUCGGGCUUUGCUGGGAGAAUGGUUUGGCCUUUGCCCUGUCUGACUUCCUGCAAAGCUGAGGCUACUUCUUGGCUCUCCUCGGGGUGUGUUGGAUGAAGAAUAGAGGUGGACAGAGCGAGGCCACCGGCAGGCCUUCCUCCAAGGACCGGAAGUUCAGGUCUUGACCUGAGAGAUCCUGGGGCUGGUCUCGGAGGCAGGGGCGCCUUCCUGGCCUGGAGGUGCUGCCCGCUCCCCUUGUCCCCUCC